AUGAGCAGCGACAGCAGAACCAAGGAUGGCCGGGCUUCACUACCAACGCCGUCUCCGCCGGCCUCCAAACAACGAAGUCUACCAAAUUCGGCAAGGUCAACACCAGGACCGGCACAGUAUGAAUGUCGGAGAAUAUUCGACCCGAGAGCGUCUAUAGUACUUCUCGGGAUGCAUGGGACCGGCAAAGCAACAUUGGCUAUGAUGGCUUCGGUAGCCACCCAGAGAAGGGUGAUAGACAUGGAGAGUGUAUUCCAAAGUGCGACUGGAUUUUCAACAACCGCAUAUCGAAAGCAAUUUGGGUCAUCAAAUAGGAGUCUCAGACAAGAAGAAGUCCUCCGCGAUACACUCCAAACUCACAGCAAAGGCGCAAUCAUCGUUUGCAAUGGAAGCUUUCCUUUAGACAAUAGCAGCCAAGCCCUUCUUCGCGAAUUCUCAACAUCACACCCGGUCAUUCACAUCACACGUGACCUUGCAAGUGUGCAAAAGUAUCUCGAUACUGAAGAAUCCAAAGUCCGGGAACUGCUCGCUCUCAGUACCCCGGUGUUCCGACGGUGUUCAAACUACGAGUUCUACAACAUUUCCGAAACCAAUGCUGCACAUCUCUCAGUUGCUCCUGCACAUCAGCCAUCCGUUCCCGCUUUCUUAACACUCAAAAGAGCAGAGAGAACGUUUUUCAAAUUUCUGGCUCUAAUCCUAUCUCCGCAAAACACACAUCGCGAGCUCAACGACGCACCUACGCUGGACCCAGGCCACUUUCCGCUCUCCUAUGUCGAUUUAGAACUGAGAAACUACACUUGUGCCGUUCAAGUGCAGCUUUCAGAUCUUACCCCUGAGGAUGUCGACAUUGAGGAAAUCGAGUUUGGCUGCGACGCGUUCGAGAUUGUUGUCAAACCUGCACAGCUCACGGCAGAGUAUGCAGAGGAUAUCAGCAAGAGUAUUUUCAGAGUCAGGAGAAGCACGGUAACUCCGAUAAUAUACCACGCCAUGCCGCCUCCAGCAAACUCGAGCUACUCGACGACAUCGUACCUCGCAAACAUGUGGUAUGGCCUACGCAUGGCGCCUGAAUUUGCCACUGUAGACCUAACAAUGGACGAAGAGCUUAUCCGAGCGAUUGUAGCUUCAAGAGGUUCAACAAAAAUCAUCGGUCACCUACACGCGGCAAUGGAUUGGUAUGACGUCUUCUGGCUCGAAAAGUACGACACAGCAAUGCGUUUGGGCUGCAGUCUGGUCCGCUUUACUCGUCCCGCCAACUUCAUGGACGACAACGCUGCUAUUCAAUCCUUCCGUAACACCAUAUUUGCAAAGUCUCAACGAAUACCAAUGAUAUGCUACAACACAGGCCGGGCCGGACGUCGCUCCGCAUGCUUCAACAACGUCCUCACUCCAGUGAUACCAGAAAAGUUGAGAAAGCUCUCAGAUUUCGAAUCCAGAGCGGAGCAAAAUCCCGAAACCUCGUGGCUCACCGUAACAGAAGCUACACACAUCCUAUACGCCUCCUUCACAUACGACCCAAUGGAGUUCUACAUCAUCGGCGCAGCCGUAUCCUACAGCCUUAGCCCAGCCAUGCACAACGCCGCCUACCAAGCCUGCGGCAUGCCCCACCACUUUUCCCUCCUGCAAACCACAACCCUCGACGACUCAGUCCGCCAAAUGCUCCUCCGCCCAAACUUCGGCGGCACAGCUAUCAGCCAGCCCUUCAAAGUCGCCGCUAUAUCCCUCACUCACACUCUAACCCGGCACGCCCGUGCCAUUGGUGCAAUAAACACACUCCUCCCCAUUCGCCAUCUCAACCCCGACGGCAGCAUUCCCUCGGCCGACGGCGUAGAACUCUACAAAGAACGAAACCAAUCCGGUCCUGUCAAGGCCCUACUAGGAGACAACACCGACUGGAUCGGAAUCCGGUCUUGUAUCCGACGCGGACUUUCCCCGGCCAACGCCGUGCGUCCUUCCACAACAUCCGGCCUCGUCAUCGGCGCGGGCGGCAUGGCACGAGCGGCCAUCUACGCAAUGUUACAACUAGGAAUCAAACACAUCAUCAUCCACAACCGCACCUUGACCAACGCAGAGAAACUAGUAGAAUACUUCACCCACCUCACAACUAGUCCAACGGCUUCUUCCCUCUUCCCUUCUUUCGUUCAAUCUAAUAUCCCGCCUACGUUUACUAUCCUCCCACAUCCUACCUCCCCUUGGCCACCUGCAACGCAACCAGCUACUGUAAUCGUCUCUUGUAUACCUACACACCCCAUCGCUACAUCAGCCUCCAGCUCGCCCGCUCCUGCUCCGGCGUUCACGCUACCCCGCCAUUGGAUGCAGAGUCCCUCUGGCGGCGUAGUUAUUGAACUUGCGUACCGCACGCUUAACACGCCGUUGACGCGCCAGGUGCGCGAGGAAGCGGGUAAAUCGUGGAUUUGUCUCGAUGGAUUGGAUUUGUUGCCUGAGCAGGGGUUCGCACAAUUUGAACUUUUUACGGGGAAGAGGGCGCCGAGGCGCGUUAUGAGGGAGGAGGUGCUGAGGUGUUGGAGGGAUGAGUGGGGGAGGGGGGAUGUGGGGAUGGUGAGGAGGCGGUUGGAGGGGUUGGGGGGCAGGGAGGUUUGA